GUUACAACUACGCACCACCUUAAAACAAAUCUCUAAUACUCAACUUUCCCUUUUAUCAUCAUGAACCCUAGCUUGUUCCCAUAAAAGAAUUCAUAUUGAUUUUCAAUGGGGUGGUGGAAUCGGUUUUGGCUCCGCAAGCCAGUUAUGCCUGAAUGUUCGAAUCCACAGUUAACGGAUCAACGUCGGUUCACUCUAGCUGAGAUACUGUCCGGCACCGGAGGUUUCAGUGCGGAUUGUUUGAUCGGCGAAGGCGGGUGUGGAGAAGUUUACAAAGCUACCAUCGGUGGCGUGGUGGUUGCAGUGAAGCGUCAAAAGCGGGGGAGGAAUGCUGAUUCGCUGACCAGGAAGGGAUUCUUGAGGGAAAUCGAGGCCCUAACAAAGCUCCGACAUCGUAAUAUUAUCACUCUGAAAGGAUAUUGUAUUGAGGAGAACGAGACAAUUUUAGUGUACGAGUACAUUUCGAAUGGCACGCUUAAAGAUCAUCUUCAUGGUCGACAGCUGAGAAAAGGUCGAUCGCUGACGUGGAUUGAGCGACUCGGCAUCUGUGUUGGAGCUUGUCGCGGGUUGGAGUACCUCCAUACUUGCUGCCCCGACAACUUAGUUUUACAUCGCGAUGUCAAAACUGAGAAUAUUCUUGUAGAUAUAGGUUUAGUAGCCAAGAUUUCGGACUUUGGCUCGGCCAAACUGAUUCCUGCGGAUAACUCAGGGAGCAACCCUAGCACGCAAGUUAUGUGCUCGCGUGGUUAUAUUGAUCCUAGUUUCUGUGUCACUGGUGAGCUCACUGAGGCUAGUGACGUGUAUGCUUUUGGGGUGGUGUUGGUGGAAGUAUUGAGUGAGAGACGAGCUAAUGAGCCUAGCCAUGAGUAUAGAGUACUGGCCUCAUGGGCUCGUGAGAAAAUUAGUGAGCGAAAAGGCCAUGAGAUUGUGGCUUCAAAUUUGAGGGAAUAUAUCUCGGAAUCUUGCCUCAUAUGCUUUUUAGAGAUCGUUGAAGGAUGCUUGCAGAUCGAACCAGAGAAACGGCCAAAAAUGACUGAUGUUUUCGUUGAGCUUAUAAAAGCCCAUCGUUUACAGAAGGAGUGGGAAAAGCAAAAACCUGAAGUACCUCCAAUAGAACUUAUACAAUCCGGAUUACCACAUGAUGAUAUUACAGGAUUACUGCAAGACAACCCAAUUCAAGAAGAUGAAAUAGAGAACAGGGAGGCUGUCCUCCAUACAAUUCCGCUGGCUGAUUUGCAGGAUAUAACUGAUAAUUUUAGUUCCAAGUGCAUGAUUUCUAAGAGAUCAUCCGCUGGAGUUAGUUCAUUCUAUGGAGUCCUUAAAAAUGGAAAGGCUGCUGCAAUUAAAAGGUUCGACAAGAAAUUGUCAAACCAAGAAUAUGAAGCCCAGGUACAAAAACUAUCUCGCCUGCAGCACGCGAACGUCGUCCGUCUUCUUGGUUACUGCGUGAAUGGUGAUCAACAGGUUUUAGCAUUUGAGUUUGCGCCAUCCGUAUAUGAAAUUCUCCAUGGUAUAGGCAGAAAAAAGGAGCCACAACCAGCUUUGUCAUGGGCUCAAAGAAUCAAGAUUAUGUAUGGGGCUGCAGAAGGAUUAAACCACAUACAUGAGAGUGGGCUAAUUCAUCAUGACAUCAAAUCUAGCAAUAUUUUAGUUUUUGAAGAUGAAAAUGCUAAGAUAAAUAAUGUUAGUCUGUCAACUGCGUCUGCACGCCCUUGUAAGGCGGCUUGGGGUCCGAAACGCUAUCCUGAGCAAGCUCCCUGUGGUUAUUGCUAUCACCCCCACGAAUGUGUAUCAACUAACCAAACUCAGAAAGGCGAUGUUUACAGCUUUGGUGUGAUUCUCAUAGAAAUCUUGACUGGACAGAAACCCACACAGAAACUUGUACAACAGAGCCUCUCAAAAUUGGCAAAUAAUGAGGAUGUUGUGGAUGCUAGACUUGGAAAAGACUAUCCUCCCCGUUCCGUUGCAAAGAUGGCUGCAAUUAUUGCAAGUUGCCUUGCAAAGGAAUCUGAUGCUCGCCCUGCAAUGACUACAGUUUGGAGAAGUCUCAGGGAUGCUUCAUGGGAUACAGAAGCUUAUUAUCAAGAAAAAACUGCGGCAAUCUCGAGCUGAGAUUUCAGCCGUUUUACCAGCCUUCAAACUACUUAGGUGUUUUAAGAAAAUGAUAAGUAAUUUAUUUGAGUUUAGGUAAGAGAAAUAAAGUGAGAGAACGAGUAAGUAAAGUAGAAGAAAGAAUAAAAUAGGGAGAAUAAACUAGCAGUGAUUCGAGUUUUACUUUUUGAGUCCGUGAGCAGAGAAUAAAGUAGGAUAGAAUAAGCGAAAGUAUAAAUAAAUAAUAUAGAAGUGAUUGUGUUUUACUUUUUCAGUCAGUUACCGAAGAAUAAAGUAGGAUAGAGUAAGCGAAAG